AUGAAGAACUUGAGAGUGUGUGGCGAUUGUCAUCGAGCAACAAAGUUGAUCGCUGCAAUUCGUCAAUGUGAAAUAAUAGUUCGAGAUGCGAAUCGAAUUCAUCACUUUCAUAAAAACGGGCAAUCACAUGGCGGUGAUUCGAUCGAAACAACAUCAACGUUAUUCAUCUUUGGUGGAUUAGCAGGAAGUGGUCAAGCACUCAACGACACAUGGUCGUGGUCGACGAAGAGUGAACAAUGGACUGAGAUCAUCUGUCGAAAUGUGCCCAGAGCAAGACUAGAUUUUGCAUAUUGGCUCAUCGAAUGUAAAGAUAAGGAGGAAGAUUCCGAAAAAAGCAUACCGAUGAUGUUUGUUCACGAAGGAACUGACACACAGGGAGUAGUUUUUGAUGACUGUUUUUUACUCCGAUUAACAUUUGACAGCGAUCAAUAAAACUUUUGUUAUAGUCAAUAAACUCUGGAGCUCCCUUCUACAGUAGUU